ACGGUGACCCGCGCCUACCUCGACCAGAGGCUCGCCGCCGCCAAGCGCUGCUCCAAAGAGGCUACCAUGGCGGGAGCCAAGGCCGCGGCCGUCGCCACCGUCGCUGCCGCAGUCCCCACACUGGCGAGCGUGAGGAUGCUGCCGUGGGCGAGGGCGCACCUCAACCCCACCGGGCAGGCGCUCAUCAUCUCCACGGUCGCCGGGAUGGCCUACUUCAUCGUCGCCGACAAGACCAUCCUCUCCAUGGCCAGGAGGCACUCCUUCGACGACGCGCCAGAGCACCUCAAGAACACCUCCUUCCACUAAUUAGACUAUAAUAGUAGAUACAUUAGUAGCGCGCGUAAUAAACCGUGUACGCCGGUCGCCGGCCGGCCGGCUUGUACGUGUCUGCUGAAGCCUGAAAAAUGGUACUAUAAUGUUCAGCGAGAGGGGCGAUCAGGCGAGGUGAUGGUAUAAUUAUCUGAUGAUGUAUGUAUGUAAUAAUGUGGCCAUGUUCUCCAUCUUGUCAUCUUUCCAGGGAUCGUGAAUUAAUAACCACUAGUUUUUGUACAA